AUGGUGCCCAGCCUAUGUCCUGCCCUCCUCCUCCUCCUGCAGGCAUUUCUCCUCUGGGACAAACCAGUUGCAGCCUCCAUCCAGGAGCAGUACUGCGAGAGCCUGCCGCCUGUCACCAACCACACUGGUCCCCAGUGCAACGCCUCGGUGGACCUGAUUGGCACAUGCUGGCCCCGGAGCGCGGUGGGACAGCUGGUGGCUCGGCCCUGCCCCGAGUACUUCUAUGGCGUGCGGUACAACACCACCAAUAACGGGUACAGGGAAUGCCUUGCAAAUGGGAGCUGGGCAGCACGUGUCAACUACUCCCAGUGCCAGGAGAUCCUCAGUGAAGAGAAGAAGAGCAAGCUGCACUACCACAUCGCUGUCAUCAUCAACUACCUGGGCCACUGUGUUUCGCUGGGGGCCCUCCUCAUGGCCUUUGUCCUCUUCAUGCGCCUGCGGAGCAUCCGGUGCCUGAGAAACAUCAUCCACUGGAACCUGAUCACAGCCUUCAUCCUACGCAAUGCCACGUGGUUCGUGGUGCAGCUCACCAUGAACCCAGAGGUGCACGAGAGCAACGUGGUUUGGUGCCGCUUGGUCACUGCUGCCUACAAUUACUUCCAUGUCACCAACUUUUUCUGGAUGUUCGGCGAGGGUUGCUACCUGCACACGGCCAUCGUGCUCACGUACUCCACAGACAAGCUUCGCAAGUGGAUGUUCAUCUGCAUCGGCUGGUGUAUCCCCUUUCCCAUCAUCGUUGCCUGGGCCAUUGGGAAGCUCUACUACGACAAUGAGAAGUGCUGGUUUGGGAAGCGAGCAGGUGUUUAUACUGACUACAUUUACCAAGGCCCCAUGAUCCUGGUGCUUCUGAUCAACUUCAUCUUUCUAUUCAACAUUGUCCGAAUCCUUAUGACGAAGCUCCGAGCUUCAACCACGUCAGAGACAAUCCAGUACAGGAAAGCAGUCAAGGCCACACUGGUGCUGCUGCCCUUGCUGGGGAUCACCUACAUGCUGUUCUUUGUCAACCCCGGGGAGGAUGAGAUCUCCAGAAUAGUCUUCAUCUACUUCAACUCCUUUCUGGAGUCUUUCCAGGGCUUCUUCGUCUCUGUCUUCUACUGCUUCCUGAACAGUGAGGUGCGAUCGGCCGUACGGAAGCGCUGGCACCGGUGGCAGGACAAGCACUCCAUCCGUGCCCGUGUGGCAAGGGCCAUGUCCAUCCCCACCUCCCCCACCCGUGUCAGUUUCCACAGCAUCAAGCAAUCCACAGCUGUCUGAGCCAGGAGCAAGAGGCUGCACCAGGAGUCGACAUCCCCACUGCGGGGAGCCCCUAGGAGGGGGGCACGGCACAGGACCAGGUCCUGCCGGCAGCCCCAGCCCUGCAAGGAGAGCAUGA